UUUUUUCUUUUUCUUUUUAUUAAAUAUUCUACAUUAUAACAUGACAAUUGAAAACAAGGAUCCGACUACAACUGUUGAAAGUGUCGAAACUAUAGGUAAAGAAAAAAGACGUGUUUUCUUACAAAAAGAUCAAAUUUUACUCACUGAUUUUAUGAAUAAAAUAGGGUUCAAUAUGAAACAAGCUAGGGACGAUAGUAGUGAUCUUGCUAAAAAGCCUAUAGAACAAUGCGGUUUGGAUGACAUCAAUAAUAAUAACAAUAAAAAUGGUCCUUCUUCCAUGGAUUUGGAGAAAAGUGCAACAUGUGAUACUAUUGUGACAUCAUCAACACAAUCUGACGAGGAUCUGACGACUAGACAACAAGAACAAACAAUAACAGCAUAUCUAUCAUCACACGAUUGUGUUGUGGUUAUUAUCAUGGCGUCUUCCAUUAUCGAUAAGGACACCACCAUCAAAGGAUUUCAACAAAAUGGUUAUAAUGUGCUCCAACAACAGUCUAUGAAACUAUCAGAUGAACAAAUAGAUAUCCUAUAUGCGUAUGAUGAAAAAGAAACGAAGCUUCACUAUCGGCAACUUUUUGAUGGCUGGAAAAAAUCAUCACAAAGUGAUCAAGUUCAAGUGGUGGUCCUGGAAAAAGAAAAUGCAGUACAAUCUUUCUUAUCUCUGGUGACAAAUCAAAACAGUACUAAGAAGAAAAACCGUAUGAUGGAUCCCCAAAGGUAAAGAAAGAAAAAAAAAUAAUAACAUAAUAAUAACCUGAUGCGCUUUAUUAUUAUUGGUGCAUGCUUUCUCCCUUUUUAACCAUUUUUCCCUCCUUUUCUCCUGAAAAGGCAAGCUCUUCUAUUCACUGACCUCCGUUUUUAUUCUCUUAUUAUAAAUAUAGUGUCUACUCAAGCAACACUCAAGAUAUUGUCAAAA